AUGACUAUGGAUACUUUGUUCUUUCAUUGCACCAAUUGUGGUAAUGUCGAUGAUCUUCCAAUAGACAGCCAUGCCUUUUCACCUAAUCCAGGUCAGCACCUGGGUCUUGCAAAUGAUUUCCUUUUGGAUGACCCUUUUCUAGACCUUAAAUCCUCGGAUAUUGCUUUUGUUUCGAAUAAAGUAGACCCUGCAACCAAUCUCCCAUCGAAACCGGUCGACCUCGAUAAUGGAGAUUUGAUCUUUCCCUCGACAAGCAUGAGCCUAGAUGGAGGCUCAUUUGGUCCAUCUAGGAGCUUGAGUAAGGGCCAGAGUCCAGAGAGAGAUUCUCUCUCCCCCUCGAGGGACAGUGACUCAUUGGAUCCCGUUCUAAAGUACAUAAAUCAGAUGCUUAUGGAAGAGAACAUGGAGGAACAACCGUCGGUAUUCGCCGGUCAGGUUGCUCUGCAAAAUACUGAAAAAUCAUUGUAUGAUGCCCUUGGUCAGCAGAAUUUGGAACAGUCUGAUAAGAGCCCCUCACAGGUUGAGUUAAGCCAAUAUAUCGAGAGCCCAGCUAGCAACCUUUCUGGAAGUAGCAGUGCUCACAGAAGCCGUGAUGCUACAAACCCAUGCUGUGCUGAAAAUCCUGACCAAAACUUCCUGUGGAAUGUGGAUUCCAAUUUGCAGUUCUUGGCCAAUUCUUCAAGCAGCAUCACCAAUUAUGAUGAUGGGUCUGAGGAAUCUUUGCAUGGGCUACUUGUCAAGAGAAUUUUCAGCACUGGAGAGUCUAUGAUUCAGUUCAAGAAAGGAUUAGAGGAGGCCAGCAAAUUCCUUCUCACCAACAAUCAAUUAGCAAUUAAUCCAGAGGACAGCAAACCGUCCUCUGAAACAAAGAAAGGAACCACAAGAACGCGCAUCGAGGAGGAGAUCGACAUGAGGAGCUCAUCUAAUGGAUUCAAGGGAUUAAAGAAUCACGAGAGGGAGGAGGAUGCUUUUGAGGAAGGCAGGGCGAAUAAGCAAACAGCUUUGUACACAGAAGAGAGUGAGCUUUCAGAUUUGCUCGAUAAGGUGUUGCUCAGCACUGAAAAUUGUCCGAGUAUGUGUUCUGGCGACAAUUCUGUGGAGAGAGGGGUGACAAAAGACAUACGGCCACCAAGGAACAAGCGUGGUUCCAAUAGAGGUAGGGGCCGUGGAAAGAAGCAGAAAAGCAAGAAUACUGUUGACUUGAGAACUCUUCUGAUUCUCUGCGCACAAGCUAUCUCUACUAGUGAUUUCAGGAGUGCUAAUGAAUUGUUGAAGCAGAUUAGAGAGGACUCUUCUCCAUUUGGGGAUGGCUCUCAAAGAUUGGCCCAUUACUUUGGCAACGGGCUGGAGGCACGAUUGGUGGGCAACAACAUUCGGAUGAAUGACUUUUUUUCUACUAUUGUUGCCAGGACGACCUCAACAGCCGAUUAUUUGAAAUAUUACCACCUUAACAUUUCAACGUGCCCAUUUGUUCAGUUCUCCAUGUUCUUUGCAAAUUACAUGAUUUUGAAAUUUGCAGAGAAAGCCACUACCCUUCACAUUAUAGAUUUUGGCAUUGCAUUUGGUUUUCAAUGGCCAAACCUCAUACAGAAGCUCUCUUCUCGACCAGAAGGGCCCUGUAAAUUGCGCAUCACAGGAAUAGACCUUCCACAGGCUAGUUUUCACCCUGCAGAAAGAAUAGAGGAGACAGGUUGCCGUUUGAAAAAGUAUUGUGAGCGUUUUGAUGUAGCUUUUGAAUUCAAUUUCAUAUCAUCAAGGGAUUGGGAAUUAAUCAAAGUUGCGGAUCUCAAGAUUCAAAGCAAUGAGACAGUUGCUGUGAAUUGUUUAAAUCGGUUUAAGAAUCUCCUUGAUGAGACAGUUGAGGACAACAAUCCACGUGAUGCUGUGUUGAAUCUAAUCCGGCAAAUUAAACCGGAUAUUUUUGUUCAUGCUGUACGUAGCGUCUCCUACAAUGCGGCCUUUUUUGUGACAAGAUUCCGAGAGGCACUUUUCCAUCUCUCUGAUGUGUAUGAUUUGCUUGAUGCUACCGUUGAUUGUGACGACAAAGAGAGGUUGGUCAUUGAGAGAGAGUUUUAUGGACGGGAAAUCAUGAAUGUCAUAGCAUGUGAAGGCUCGGAAAGAAUUCAGAGGUUCGAAACGUACAAGCAAUGGCAGGUCCGUCAUGUGAGGGCUGGGUUUAAGUCGCUUCCUUUGGACCAAGAUUUCAUGAAGUUAUUCAGGGGUAAGAUGAAAGCAUGGUACCACAAGGAUUUUGUGCUCGAUGAAGAUGGCAACUGGAUGCUGCAAGGUUGGAGAGGCCGGAUUUAUGGCUCCUCCUGUUGGGUGCCUACUUAGGAUGCUCCAAAAAGAAUGUUUUCUGUCAUGGACAUGUAGAUUACUGGGAUUGUUCCCAAGUCGACAGGUCAAGGAUUCGUAUUAAAGUGGCUGAGCACGAACUUAUUUCCGGCUCCUCUGUUGGUUGAUGUAUCUUUUACUUGCAAAUAAUUUUGAAUCUGGAAUGUUUACCUACUAUUUAUCUAAUUCUCGAGAUAGGAAGA